AUGCCGAUCGCGCCGACGAUCACCGGCACGGGCGGCGGCUUCCGGAACCGGCUCGACCUCGAGGAGGGGAACAAGACCGACGACGACAAGAUCAUGGCCGAGUGGGGCAAGCGCGGCACCAUGUUCUGGUCGCUGCACGCGGGCACGUCGACCAUCGACACGCUGCUCAGCAGCGAGGAGGGCUUCACCCUCGAGCAGCUGCUCGAUGAGGACGAUUUGCUGCAGGAGUGCAAGUCGCAAAACACAAAGCUGCUCGACUACCUGACCGAGUCGGCGACGGCCGCCAGGCUUAUCGACUACGUCAUCGAGAUGCCGGCGGAGGACGACUCCGAGGCGCGGCGCUUCAAGUACCCGUACGUCGCGUCCGAGGUGCUCAGCUGCGACGUAAACUCGAUCCACGAGGUUCUGCUCGCCGACUCGAGCCGGCUGGUCGAGAAGCUGCUCUCGAUCCUGCAGCAGUCGCCGCCGCUGCCGCCCGUCCUCAUCGGCUACGCCGCCAAGGUCCUCAUCGCGCUCUACAAGUGCUCGCCCGAGAGCUUCGCCGCGAGCUUCUCUGCGCUGUGGGAGGGCGCGGCGGCCGCCGACAGCGGCUCGCAGCUGGCACUGCCGCGGCUGACGGAGAGGCUGAUGGCGCACCUCGGCUCCGACGCGGUGCUUCAGAUGCUGACGGUGCUCUGCGUGGGCGAGCCCGUCAUGGCGGAGCCGGGCAUGGCGCAGCAGCUGCAGCCUCCCGCCGCGGCGUGGAUCCCGCACGAGGUGCUGGUGCCGGCGCUCUUCGAGCAGCUGGCGGCGCCCAACCCGGAGGCCGCGCAGAACGCGUCGGCCCUGCUGACCACGCUGCUCGAGGCGAGCCCGGCGCUGCCCGCCUGCUUUUGCGAGCCCGAGCUCGAGGCCCGCGAGAGGUGCGAGACGCUGCUCAAGAUGUGCCUCGGCGCCGCCGGCCACCCAAACGGCGGCGGCGGCGGGCUCAACCUGCCCGCGCUCGAUGUGCUGGUGAGGCUGCUCGUGCGCUGCCGCGAGAUUGGGGCGAGUAGCCCGUCGUGCGCGGACCACCUGCUGCGUGGCGUCGCCGAGUCGGUCGACGCCUUCUUCGUGGCCAUCGCGACGCCGGCGCAGCUGCCAGAGCGCAUCAGCCGCUUCUUGCCCGAGAAGGGCGCGCGAGCGAUGCCGCGGCCCCAGGCUGUGACGCGCUGCAAGCUGCUCGCCCUCUUCGAGGAGGCGCUGCGGCGCGAGGAGCCGGAGACGCUGAUAGCGCUCUGCCAGCUCGGCUUUUUCCACGUCGUGCUCGACUUGCUGCUGCUGCCGCACCACUGCAACGCGCUGCACAUGCGGACCGCGGCCCUCAUCGACGUGGUGCUGUCGGACCGGAGCGCCGAGUCGGCCGAGUCGGCGGCGACGCGCGAGCAGGUGCUCCACUCGCUGCUGGUCGAGGCGCAGCUGCCCCAGCGCCUCAUGGAGUGCGCCACCGCCUCGAGCGAGAUGGCGGUCCGGCCGUCGGGGCACGCCUAUGUGAUGGUGCUGCUGCGCGCGCUGCUCGAGGCGGCGGCGAGGGAGCAGAGCAUUUCGUCGGCGCUCGAGGCGGUCGAGGGCUGGGACGAGUUUGUGGGCCCGUCGGGGCUGCUCGCCUCCUGGGAGAACGUCCAGUCCAAGCCGCUCGGCGGCAAGAUGCCGCAGCGCGCCUCGGACGAGGACUCGGACGGCGACGAGUACGACGGGUCGCGCGAGCUGGAGCGGGCCCUGCAGCUGCAGGCGCAGCUGCGCGCGCAGCAAGAGAACUCGAGUUCGGGCGAGGACAGCGGCUCGGACGGCGCGGGCCCAGUGCUACAGGACGGCAGCGGGGGGGGCGCGAGUGCGCAGUGGGACGCGUCGUUCGAUGACGAUGAGUUCGACACGGAGCCGCUGCCGGCGCAGCCACUCGGCGCGGGCGGGGGCACCGCGAGCUUCGCAGACUUUGGCGCGUCGGCGCCGGCGGCUCCCGCGGCAGACUUUGCGGCGUCGGACUUUGCAGCGUUCGACGACGCGGCGGAGGCGCCGGCCAAGUCCGACGCGUCGCCUCCGGACUUUGCAGCGUUCGACGACGCGCCCGCCGAGGCGCCCGCCGCCGAGGCGCCCGCGUCGGACUUUGCGGCGUUUGACGUGGCGGACGUCUCGGCAAAGUCCGACGCCCCGGCCUCGGAUUUCGCGGCCUUUGGCGAUGAGGACGCACCGGCGGCGUUCGCUGCGGACUUCGGCGGCGCACCGGAGCCAACUCCCGGCGAGUCCUCGGCGGAAAACGCCGCGGCGGCGCCCGACCCCGUGGCUGAUGGUCUAGGGGAGAGCAGCGCAGCGCCGCUUACCGGAUGACAGUUCAGUUCGCAGCCGCACAGCGCCUCGCCCGCGUGCAAGGGCCCAAAGCCGUGGCGUGCCCAGGCUACUUCACCCUCUCACUCGAUCUGCCGACCACACAGGGCAGAUCGCCUUUUCCUUUUAUGUACAUCUCUCUGGGUGC